ACGUAAGGAAAACGCUUGCUGACUUAAAGGACAGUGAAGUGUAAACUCCGGGAAUAGUUUUGUAAGUGAAGCUAACUUCACGCGAAGUUAACUUUAGCUGUUAGCUGCUAGUCUAGUUGUGUUAUAUGCAUUGCGCUACACGGUGGUGCAUUACAACUAGCUAGCAGCUGGUGUUAGUUGGCAAAAGGUGACUUUGAAGAUUUGUUGACGCCCGUCGGUCAGUCGUUAGCAGCUGUCAGUUUCUCCAGGGAGUGAAAUUAUUCCGCGCUGCUGUGCGUUUUUAGCCCGCCUACUCUUGAGUUUUAGCUAGUCUCGUUAGCAGAAAUGAGCCGUUUGAGCAGAGCAUAUUGGUUAGUGGGGUGUGCGCUGCUGCAGUUUUAUUUUCCCGAUGGGCUGAGAGAGGUCUACACACUGGGGAAGGUCAAGACAGCAACCCAGUUUCCUUGGCAACAAUGCGGAAGUUUGUGGAUCACUCAACCCUACGCUGUGCCAGUCACCGAUUACACCAUUGAAAGGGCUCAAACAUCAACCUUUUUGGUUGUUUAUUGUAGUGGGGAAGGUGGUUUGAUAAGUUGCCCCUUGUACCAGGAACAAAAGAGGCUCUGAAGUGAAGCCUCAAGUGCCCUCCAGACCAAAAGGCAAAAAGCAUUGCUGGCCUUCCCGGACGGUGCGUUUGCUGCAGACUACGGUGGAGUCCCGACCGGGGAAGAGAGAGGCUGCAUAGGAAGGAUGUCCACCGACCAGGAGCCCACCUUCACAGUCAAGCUGCUGCAGCUGCUGAUGCUCUCCACCUACUGGGGAAUGCAAAUUUGGGUCACCUUCAUUUCAAGCUUUGUGAUGGACAACCACCUGAACAGACACACAUAUGGGUUUAUCCAGAGUCGUCUUGUUCCGUUCUACCUUCACCUGGGUUCAGCUUGUGCCUUCUUUAACCUCACUAUCUACGCUGUGUAUCAUCCCAGGGACUUGCUGGAUGACCGAGAAGCCUUUCAGAUCUUUAUCUUCUUUGUGUCGGUGACAGUUGCGGCUGUCAACGCUCAGUGGUUCGGCCAAAUGACAUCAGAGAUCAUGGCAGACAUGCAUCUCAUCGAGCAGGCGUGCGGAUUGGGUCAAGAUAUCGGCCUGUCGUCUAACCGCGAAGCUUACGCCAAGCUGUGUGAGACGGAUGUCAAAUACAGACACCUCAGCAGUCGCCUGUGGCUGUACAGACUGCUGUCGUCCCUCUGUAAUCUCUGCUGCAUAGGCUGCAAUUUCUACAGUCUCUGUUACAUGGCUGAGAACCUUGUCACACUGUAAAACUGACACACAGCAGCUGGACUCUUAAGAUUGUUGAAAAAUAGUCAGUCCCUUUAAAAAUCUAGAAACAUUUUGUAUCGAAGUAUUAAGUUAUAUAUUUAAUACAUAAUGUCUUCCUUUCCGUCUCUGCUUUAAGUAGAAAUUAGAUUUUAAAAAGUCAGGUAAGCCCUGAUGUUCUUUGUCGUGGGGAAUAAUGAGAGGAUAUAAGAGGAGCCCAAGUUUUUUUGAGUUUUGAGACAGUCCAAAAAAAAAAAAAAAAAAAACAAAAAAAAGCUGAAUUUCUCUAUGAAAUGUUAUAGGGAGAGAAAUGACUUCCUGCAAUGUGAGUAAUGUCUCACCUUUCACCUAGUGCGGGUGAGGCUGGUGGCUGCCUCAUUCUGGUGCUUUGAGAUUUCCCUUUGCUAUUGACCUUCACCAUUACAAUAUGGUACAUUAGAGGAAUCUUAAACUUGAGGAAUGUGUUUUUUUUUUUUUUAAUCUUUGUACUCGCAAUAUCAGAAACACCACGGGCAGAAAAUGGCCCGAUGCACUGCACCGUUUUUAUACGUAAGCACCAGAAAGGUACCUUUAAUAAGGAAAACUGCUGCCAUGCUGCUUAGUCCUGCUCUUCCUGUUUGAGAGGUGUUUUAAUACUUUGUUUACAUAGUGUCACAAGUUUGUCUUGCUUACUUUUUGUUAUCUUGACAUCACCUGUGGGGCUGUGCUUCACUUCCUUUCAGGGUGAAAGGUUGUGCUAUCUUUGUCCCUCCUGGCUGCUACUCCUGCUAUGAAAAAGAAGGGUUCAGACACUGUUAUUUUAUGUUAUACAAUCCGUACUGCGUUUAGUCCAUCCAAAACAGACUUGCACCACUGAUUUGAUUGUAGUAUUGGAAACAGAAUUAAUGGGUGAUUGUUCCAGUGUACCGAUAUAUAAAUGAGCAGAUAUGAGAUUUUAAGAUUUUGCUCAGCAGGUUGGUGAAGUUUUAAGAGUCCUCCUAGAGGUAGACCUUUGCUUUAGUCCCAUACUUAUCAGUGUGAUCUUGACACUCUUGCUAUUCUGUAUAUGAGCCUAAACCUGUAGUGGGGACAGGGAUCAGAAUUAUAAAGUUUUGCUGAGCAGGUUUGAUGGUUGUAAUAAUCUAGGAGAUUGUGAGUUGAUCCAGAAAGUACUAUGGAGGUUUUUUUUUGGGAUGGUAGAAAGUUAUGUUUAGACUCACUGAGAUGAUGUUGGUCUAUUUUGACUAAAUGUCUAUAAUAACAGAAGUGCAGAGCCCCACAGAAUAUCAAAGUGGGAUUUUUUUUUUCUUCCUGAACUACUUUUGCGUUACCUCACAGUAACUUCUACAUUACGGUGCCAGACUUCACAUUAUGCAUUAAUUGCAGAAGGCUGAGCUCCGAAGGUGCAUGGCCACUGCUGUGACCACAGCUGGAGCUGGAGCUGAGGUUGUGACUGUGGGGGGGGGCUAAUGCUAUGGACAUAGCCAUGGCUGUAUCUGUACUGUGACUACUCUUUACAUCCUCCUAACAUAUUAGCAUUAGCUGAGAAAGCAUCACGAAGCCAGAUACUUGUUUCACCCCUGCGCUUCUAUCAGAUAUGACAUACAAGAUGCCAGUGCAAACCACAGCUAGCCAGAGUUGUAGCCAUCCCAUGCAGUCAUAGCUACAGUCUGUCACAAUCACAGCCACGGCAGCAGGCUAUCAUAGUACUUUGUAGAGAUCUAGUAGGUUACUGGCCUAGACUUGCAGCUGGACCAGGUCUCCGUUGUCUGAGCCAGCCAACAGUCAGAUGUAACAUACAUACAAAGAUACUAUAGCUAUACUGUGUGAGUAGCUAAGCAAGUAAAACAUGACCUGUUUUCCAAAAGGCAUUAAGUUAAAGAUGACAAAUUUCUUAAAUAUUGUUGUUGAAUCUGUUGUCUGUAAUAUAUCUUCUUUUUGCGUGUUGAAAUCCUAAUAAUGAACCCCUCCCCUCUAUGACGGCCCCUCCUUGUUGUACCUUCUUAGGUGAAACUCCUGUUUCCUCCUGUGUUUGUUUCUUUGUUCUUCUAGUUUCUGUUUGUGUUGGCCUGUAAUACAUGGCCAUUAAACCAAGGUAAAAAUUACCAUGAACACCAACAGCAUGUCAGGAAUUAGGGCAGUAGUACAGCGUAUGGAUUCUCAGUCUCCUCUUUCUCCUUUUUAAUUGUUUGUUAAAACUGGACUGAUGAAGGUGCCUAUUAUGUGCCCGUUAUUGGCAAAAACAAUGCAAUAUUAAUAAGUGGUUCUGUUAAAUUCUACACCCGUUUUUCUUUGAUGUUGCUCCUUAGCUCAGCCAGUGUAAAUUAAUAUAAAGUGCGAAUGCUAGUCAUUUGACAGUUUUGCUUAUUAACAUAAAAGCUGUAUUUGGGUAUGAAAUUUUAGCAGACAUUUUUUCAUGAAUUUGUUUUGUAAUAUGUUUGAGAUAAUGGGUUAUAAUUGAUAAUGGGUUAUAAUUGUUAUUGCCCUAAGACCAGUGAGGUCAGAGGUCAUGAGCUGUUUCUGGUGGUGGGUUUGUAUCAAAGAUGUUUUGACAUGUAUGGACUAUUUUUUGUAUAAAAGCAUGUUCUCUCUUAAUUCUCUACUUCAUCGUCAGCCCAUUUUCUAACAUUUUAAUCACUAUGUAAUCACUCAGGAAAUGCAGGUGUUACAUCAUAAACUCAGAUUGAAUCUUUACAUUGCAAAAUAUUUUCUGUUGUUUUGGUUCUGUGCCUCCAUGCAUUGACUUUUAGCAUUAAGUUUCUUUUGGCUGUACAUAAAGUGGACCAGAAAAAUCCCCUAUGUGUAAGAUUUGAAAAUGUUUGAUUUUGGUAGAACUAGAAAAAAAAUGAAUGAGCUGAAAAGCAGCCAGUUUUCAGAGGGACAGUCUCUGAAGAGAGAUGCUAAAAUCGUUUGUGUUUUAAACCAAAUCUGUCAGAUAUAACAGUGGGGGAAGAGUUGGACAACUUUUAUCUACGCAUGAAAGGAGCCUUGGUGUACAAGCCAGAGGGACUCAAAAAUGUGAUUCAGACCUGUCAUGUUGUGCCAGACAUGACAGAAGGGGGAACCAUUGCCCUACUGUAAUUAAUACUCAGCUUUAAACACGGAGGCUCAGUUACAGAACUGUUGAAUUAUCCAGGAUUGAGCUGCUUUGGAAUAUAAAUAACUGAACAAUUACAGAAUAUUGAUAAUCACUAAUUUGAAUGAGAAUAAUUUGAGAUAUUACAGGGAAUUGGAGAAAGUAGACAGACAUAAUGAAACUACUCAAUCCUAACACCUAACCAA